AUGCAGAACUUGAAAUUCUUUCAUGAGAUUGCUCUGGGACCAGAGCCAUUGAGAGGUUCCUGUGUGAGUGAAAUACAAGUGAUGAAGGGCAGAGAAGAUAGUGUAGAUGGUUAUGUUUUUUUGGUAUGAGUGUGGAGGGAGUACUUCUAUAAUUAGAAGGCUGCAUUUCCACAUUUUCUUGAUUUGAAAACAGACCUUAACAGCGAGCUGGAAAAUGAAUAUAGCUUACUUCGUUGCACUUGAGGUUGUUGAAGACUAUGCUGGAAGAUGGCAGGUUCCUUUGCCUCAGCUUCAGGUGCUUCAGACGGCACUCUGUUGUUUCACGUCUGCCUGUGUAUCAUUCCCAGCUGAAUGUGAGCACGUACAAUACGUAUUGAGUAGCCUAGCUUUGAGUUUUUUUGAAUUGCUGCUGUUCUUUGGAAAGGAUGAGUUCUAUGAAGAUCCUUUGAAAGAUAUUUUAGGUUCAAUUCAGGAAUGUCAGAACCUUCUAAAUAGAUACAGAAAUAUGAACCUGGAACUAGUGACUCGCAUCAUACGAGAUGGUGGACCAUGGGAGGAUCCAGUAUUACAAGCAAUUCUUAAAGCAAAGCCUGUAUCACAGGAAUUAGUUAACAAAUAUUUAAGCUCUGAAAAUCCACUGUUCUUUGAACUACGUGCCAGAUACCUUAUUGCCUGUGAACGCAUCCCUGAGGCAAUGGCUCUUAUCAAAUCUUGCAUAAAUCAUCCAGAUAUCAGUAAAGAUCUGUAUUUCCAUCAAGCUCUUUUCACCUGUCUUUAUAUGUCACCAUUAGAAGAUCAGCUAUUCCAGGAGCACUUGUUGAGGACUGAUUGCAAGAGUGGAAUUGAGAUCAUCUGCAACACUGAAAAAGAAGGGAAGACUACCUUAGCCUUACAGCUAUGUGAAUCGUUCCUAGUCCCACAGCUUCAAAAUGGGGACAUGUAUUGUAUAUGGGACCUGAUCUUCAUUUGGAGUAAACUGCAGCUUAAAUCUAACCCAUCAAAACAAGUGUUUGUCGACCAGUGCUACCAGCUUUUAAGAAUUGCUACAAAUGUCAGAGUAAUUUUCCCUUUCAUGAAAGUCAUUAAGGAUGAAGUUGGUGAAGAUGGUCUUCAGAUAUGUGUUGAGAUAUGUGGAUGUGCCCUACAGUUGGACCUCCGUGAAGAUCCCAACAUGAAAAGUCUUAUUUAUAAAGCAAUUGCUCAUUUUUUACCAAAUGACUUGGAGAUCCUCAGAAUUUGUGCUCUUUCAAUCUUUUUUCUUGAGCGCACCUUGGAAUCUUACUACACUGUUGAACAUUUAUAUAAAUGUGCGGAUGAAGAAUACAAUGAGUGCACUAGUUCUGUUCAAAACCGUGUACGUUUUGAACUGCUUCCCAUUUUGAAAAAAGGUUUGUUUUUUGAUCCUGAGUUUUGGAAUUUCUUGAUGAUCAAGCAGAAUUGUUUAGCGUUAUUGGGGGAUAAAGCCUUUGCUGGCAUAAGUGAAAGUACACUGGAAAACUCUACUGCAAAUACAGAGAAGAUAACAGAGUAUAGGGCUCUGAAUGAGGAACGUGUCUGUUCAACAGAUGUAAGCAAUGGGGAGCUUGACCCUGAAGACCUCUCUGAACCCCAGUCCAAAGGUAAUGCCAAAAAGAACCAUGAAGCUCUUGAGGCAUCUAAAAUGUUAGAUCAAACUGUACCAAGGCACCGCUGUGUGAUAUGCAACAAGGAAUUUCUUGGUGGUCACAUUGUGAAACAUGCACAAGCUCACCAAAAAAAGGGCAGUUUUUCCUGUGUACUUUGCACCAGAAAGUUCAGGCAAAGAGGACUUAUGCUGAAGCACUUAAAGAAUCAUGUCAGGAAGAUAGAAAGGCAACAUCUUGCUGCAGUUCUUGAGCGUGGUCAGCAGGCUCCUGCUGUUAAUGAACUAGAAUGUUCUGAUGUUUCUCUGUCUCUUGAAAACGGGAAUUCUGAUGGUUCCAAAGAUAACGAACCAGAGACUGCAAUAGCUCCAACUGCUGACCAAGUGGUCCAAGUGGAGGAGGAGACUGCAGAACAGGUAUUUGAUGUGGUGGAAAACCAUCUAAGUGACCAGGAUGAUGCUACUGAAAAUAGUAGUGACAGCUGUUUUAAUAAUGUUCCUGAAGCUUUAAGUACAGAAAGUUUGCCUGAAGAUGAUGAGAGCUCCAGUAAAGAGUCACCUAUUCUGCACAAAAUGAAUGGAGCUUUUUGCUCUCAAAAAGACAUUGAUGCUAUGGAUGAGGAAGGAAGCUUUAAGUGCCCUGCUAAUGGUUGUGCUAGAGUGUUUAAAAAGAUAAGAUUCCUCAAUAAACAUGCAAGAAAAGCUCAUCCAACUGAUUUGAAAGUGCAGCAGCAUAUAAUGAAAUGGAAUAAAGGAAAAUGUCGGUUCUGCCAGAGAAAAUUUGCUGAUUCCCAACAUUUUAUAGACCACCUGAAGAGACAUGUGUAUCCAAAUGUUUACUUUUGUUUACACUUUAAUUGUAAUCAGAGAUUUAAGCUGUCAACUGAGCUUGCAGAGCAUACAAAAAGUCAUAGUGUUUUUAAAGCUCAAUGCAAUUUUGCAGAGUGCUGUGAGCUAUUUGAGGAGCUCCCUUUGCUGUAUGAACAUGAGGCUCAGCAUUAUUUAAAUAAAACACCAGAAUGUUCAGAAGAUGCAAGUGAAAAAGAUUCUUCAGAUGAUCCUUCAGAACUUUGUAGUUACCAGGAUGAUGAUGAAUCUAUUAAUGAAAAAGAAACUGUAGAUUUACCAAUUCCAACUUGGAAGUCAAGGAAGGAUUCUACAGAACCAAAGACAUAUAUUCAAAGUGUUGAGAAGAAAGCAAAUAAUGUAAUUCACAAUGGAAAUGAAAGUUCAUCUGAGGGUAGCGCUACAGUUUUAAGUUUGAUAGACCAAAAGACACCCGUGUUACAGCCAAAUUCUGAAAACUGUAAUGUUGUUAGCGACCAACUAGUCAAUGGGCACAGUGACCUAGAUCAGACAUCAUCAAAGUCUUCAGAAAUAUCUUCGGACAGAGUGGCAGAUGAAACAAGGACAGAAAAUGGGUCAGUGUUACCAGUUUUACAGAAUUGUCAUGAUACACCACAAAAUAAUGCUGCUGCCUCGCAAUUACCUUCUAAACCAAAUCAGACAACAGAGAAUACUUCAUAUGGUGUCAUCUUAACAAAACCGUAUUUUAGACCAUUGCCUCCAAGUUAUCUUGAUGAACGAUACAUUAGCAUGCCAAAACGUAGAAAAAUUUUGACUGAUGAAGUAGAUGCUCAUUCUGAACAAGAUACAUUUUGUAGCAAAACAACAGAAAGAUUUAGAUGUGGCAACUGCUUGACCAUCUACUGUAAUUCAGAAGCACUUGAGGCUCACCUUGCACAAAAGAAGUGUCAGACGCUCUUUGGAUUCGAUUCAGAUGAUGAAAGUGCCUGAUUCAAUGUUGUGGGAAAAUGUAUCAAAUGAGGAGUGGUGUAAGAAAACACUACGUGAAGAAGCAUCAGUUUGUUUCCCAGUUGGCCUUAAUCAUAAAGCAGUCUCAAAUUACUAAACAAAAACAUGACCUUGAUAAAGACAAAGCACAUUUUCUAGACAAAACUCACAGAGGAGUAAUAGGAGCUCUGCAGAUCUUGAGUCCAGAAAGGUUGCUACAAAAUCCCCAAAGUACCAGUUAUCCAAAAAGCCACAUUCAUUCCAAAUGUGUGAUUGAAGCUUAGCGGCACAGUCUUUCUAGCAUGAAGGUUUAAGGAAAAUAAGGCAUACAGUUGAGCAAGCAGAGAAAGCAGAGGUGUUAAUUGCCUUAUGGAAAUAAAACCAACCAAUUCUGAAAGCUGCUUUAGUUGGAAAAUGUGUGGUGUUAAAGGAUAUCCAUCCACACAGCUGGGAAGGAAUCAUUCAAGAAGGUGUUACGUUAUUGUAAUAUGGAUAAGAAAUGCAUAGAGGAACCAUGCAUUCUUUUUUCAAAGUUUGAGUAUGUGAUUCCAUUAUCUGCUAAAAAGCAUGGAGCUCAUUUAAUAAACUUAUACUCAGAAUCAAAAAAGAGGAAUGUAGAAAGAAAGCUAAGAUGGGUGGAAUAGCCAAAAACUUCAAGUACAGAGCAUGCAAGGUAAAAUGAGUUGAUGUGAUAUUAAGGGUGAAAGUUAUGCACAGUGGAAAUCAGAUGCAUGCAAGAGAAGCCCUUUUCAAGGCUGUGGUAAACGUUUAUGUUAAGUGUCCUGUAAAACAUCUGUUGUAGGUGCAGGAAGACUAAUACAAGCAGUACGUGCACAGAUUGUGUGGUUAUUAACAGAAGCCAAUUGAAACAAAUACAGAAUGUGAAGGGGGUUAAGCUUGCAUUAAGGGCAGAGUUAAAGUAAUUUUAUGCAAAUACAGAGGUCCUUCAGCUGUUGAUAUGACUGAAAAGAAAUUGAGAUGGCUUCCUGUUUAAAAAAAAUAAUUUAAAAAAAAAAGGCAGGCAAAAGCAGAGCACAUGUUAAAUUGGAAAAAAAAGAUCAGGAGGAGCCUGUUUCACAUGUGAUAUUUCUUAAUGGUGGUGGGUCACAACUCAGUACAUUACUUAUUUACUGUCUAGAGGAAGGGAGAAAAUAUGUAUUGACUCAACAUUAAGACACAUUACAACCCUAUCUAGUAGUGUCUCUUGAAAAGAUAGCCUUUCCCAGAAGUUAGUGAAGGAGUUAGACUUAAAUGUUAAGCACUUUAUCCAAAAUUCACUGUUCAUAGAAACAAUCAGAAUGUGAAGACAAAAAAUUUGAGUCAUUCAGCUCUAUACGUAACAUCGAAAUACUGGACACUUGGAAACCAAAAAGAUGAUGUAGUUUUUGAUGUUCCCACCCCAGACAGAGGUCUGGCAAACAUUCACGUUGUCUAAUUACUGUGCUAACUUAUCCUCUAAUUUAUCUUAUACUGUCUUGCCACCUAAAAAUACUUUAUUUGGGAUCCUGUUCUAUGCGGGUAGCUGAAAAUUUUAAUGUGGUUGUAGGCACGGAAGGUAUAGUGGUGAAAAUUGGUGUGUACAGAUGGAGUCAUUACAGAAAUGUAGGAUAGCAAAGACCAACUGUUCCUGCUCAGCUAGCUUGCUUACUGAAUAAAUAGUUCAUCACAAUGCCUGUAUGGCAUAAGAUGAUGGUCAACUUCCUUAAAUCAACAGAUAUGUAAAAACUAAUGAGUAAAAAAUCAAGAGGUACGUAAAAGGUCUGUUCAUCGUAGCAACGGCUCACACUUGCAAACCUAAGGGUUUCAUUGUAAAAUAGGCUGUUAAGUAGUUCUGGAACUUAAACUUAAUAGUUCAGUAAUGCCUCUGCUAAUAAUCCUCUGUGAAAUUAAACAGAUAUUUGCAUUAAUUCUGCUUCCUUUUCCCCUCCUGGGAGGUAAAAAGAACGCAAAUUCAAAAUCAUGCUCUUGAAUUCUAGAAAAUUUUUGCCUUAACUUUGAGUUGGAUUAACAUAAAAGGUUAUAAAAUUAUGAUCACAGGUAUGUGUGCAUUACAUUAAUACCGAUGACUGGCCCGCUUUCAGAGAUUUGUGUGACAUUUGAGGCACCAAAGAGGUUUUUUUGCAGUUGCAAAAAAACUGAAUUAAAUGCAUCAUUCAUUAUAUAU